CUUGGUCUCAUUGUCCCUCUCUGUUACAUGUCCCCAAUACAUACAAAAAGAUACAACCAUAUAAUGUUUUAACUUUGAAAUGUUAUUUAAUCUUCUCUGCCAUUAUAGCUACCUAACUUCUUUUAUUCUCAACUUUGUAUCAUUGAAUAGCACCUGUUCUGAAAGAUAAUGAAGGACUUGUUAGUGGAUUCCCCAGUUUGUGUUCUUGAGGAUUUCCUAAGGACCUCAGAAUCAGAAUCAAGCACUUAUUCUUCCAAAGAGCACACUUUGGAUUCUGAGUCUCAUCAAGAUAAGCCUAAACAUGUUUCUAAGUGGCACACUUUUGUGCAAUUGCUGAGAAGCAAGUCAAAGAAGCCUUUGGCCACAUUGCAUCCUCUUAGUGUUCUCAAGCUCUCAAGAAGAAUGAGUGGUAGCAUGAGGGAGACUUCACAUGCUACCAUGGAUUCUCAUUCCUCAUUAUUGCAUACUUCACCCUGGAAGAUCUUCACUCACCGUGACUUACAAAUUGCUACUAAAUAUUUCAGCCAAGAGAAUUUGAUUGGGAAGGGUGGUUAUGCUGAGGUUUACAAAGGGUGUUUGCCAAAUCAUCAGUUAGUAGCAGUUAAAAGACUAACAAGAGGAACAGCUGAUGAAACUAUAGGCGACUUCUUAUCAGAACUUGGAAUCAUGGCGCAUGUAAGCCACACCAACACUGCUAAAUUGGUUGGUUAUGGUGUGGAAGGUGGAAUGCAUCUGGUUCUUGAAUUGUCUGAAAAAGGAAGCCUAGCUUCAGUUCUUUAUGGGUCCAAGGAGAAGCUUCCCUGGUCUAUUAGGCAGAGAAUUGCAUUAGGAACAGCAGAGGGAAUAUUGUAUCUUCAUGAAGGUUGUCAAAGAAGAAUUAUCCAUAGAGAUAUAAAAGCUGCAAAUAUCUUACUCACUGAUGACUUUGAGCCUCAGAUUUGUGAUUUUGGGCUGGCAAAAUGGCUACCAGAGAAUUGGACUCACCACAGUGUUACAAGAUUUGAAGGAACAUUUGGAUAUCUUGCUCCAGAAUACUUACUCCAUGGCAUAGUGGACGAGAAAACAGAUGUAUUUGCCUUUGGUGUUGUGCUAUUAGAAUUAGUAACUGGCCGGAGAGCGCUUGAUUACUCGCAACAAAGUCUUGUCCUAUGGGCAAAACCUUUGCUGAAGAAGAAUAAAAUUAGGGAGCUGAUUGAUCCUUCACUAGGAGGUGAUGACUUUGAUUAUAGGCAGAUUAAUGUUAUGCUCUUGGCAGCUUCUUUAUGCAUACAACAAUCUUCAAUUCGUCGUCCCUCUAUGAGACAGAUUGUGCAGCUUCUGAAAGGGAAUCUUAGCUGCAUCAAGUUUGCAAAGAAAUCUCGAGUUCCAUUCUUCACAAGAGUCUUUCAAGACGAGUUUCUUGACUCUGAUUAGUUCAAAUCAGAGGAAGCACUGAGAAGGAAUUGUGAUUAUUGUGCAUUAACAGUUAACACCAUAUAUAAAUGAUACACAUGCUAGAUUUUUGUUACUAGAUAAUCAAAUACUUCAUUUUUUUUUUAUAUCUGUUUAGAACUCU